AUGUCUCCCACACUGCUGCAGGCAUCGGCCGUAUCCUUUGUAUUGCUUUCCAUCGGACACACGAUCAAGGGCAGACAAUGGACAGCCGACCCAAGAUUCAAAGCUAUCGCGCGCACUAAUCCGUGGGCUUGUGGAACUCUGGGGUGGUACCAGGGGAGUGGUUUCUUCCUAUUGACCGGUCUUCUUCACUGGCAAUGGGCGCGUGAUCCCAGUCUUCUCCAGGACCCAGUUAACAAAGCCAUGGCCGGAAUCGCGAAUAUCCUGCUCUGGGCUAGCUCUGUCUGGUAUGCUAAGCAUGGUAUCAACGAUACUGCCAUUGUCAUUGGUAUAACUGCUGCGUUGCAGGCUUUCGGUGUUGGUAAGGCUUGUCUGUGA